CAUCUUGAACCAAUGUCCAAGAUGAAUGACCAACAAAGAGUUGCUCUCUGCAAAACAACAAGGAAUAGCAAAUCAGAAGGACAGCCCCGAUACCUUCAACAACUGCCAGGUAACUCCGGGUGGAGACCGACCGGAUGCGUCCAAAUCAUCGACGCCCCUAUCCACCAAAACACUGAAGUUCACGGUCGACCAAACCUACAACGUAGUCGUGUAAUGGGUUCCCUGCGCAAGGCUUACCAGAAAACAGCACCGGAAAGCUUAGACGAGGCCGGCCCCCCCAACAAGCUUCGACGUGCCUCCGCUUCCUCCUCGGAGCCUGUACAAGGCACAGACGUUGAUCGAGAUGAUGAAGCUAUUGUGCCACCUACCCAACAGAGAGAUGACCAAACCGACAAGCAUCUAGGCCAUGUUCGAGAAUAUCAGGUCCAUGUUCACCAUCCUGUUGAACGGCCUAAGUCGAUAGAGGUACAACUUUGCCAUGUUGAUGACGAGGAUGAGCCCUGAACCAAAGAACAUACAGCAAGCCUGCCUUCAUCAGCAGACCAGUGCAGACUGAAAUGGCCAUGAUAACGG